CAAACUCAUGUUCCUGUAGAAGAUGAUGCAGUGCAUGUAAUUAAAGUGGAAUAUCUUGAAAAUGGCCCCUUAUUUUCCGAACUGAAAUUUUACCAGAGGGCUGCAAAACAAGAACAGAUAAGAAAAUGGAUGGAUCUCAAAAAAAUAAGAUGUUUAGGAAUUCCAGUGUUUUGGGGAUCAGGCUUGGCUGAGUACAAGGGAAAAAGCUAUAGAUUCAUGGUCAUGGAGAGACUGGGGGAAGACCUUCAGAGAAUCUUUGUAGAUUGUGGAAGCAGAUUUAAGAAGGAGACUGUUCUGCAACUUGGGGCACGAAUGUUGGAUACUUUGGAAUAUAUACAUGAAAAUGAGUAUGUUCAUGGUGAUAUUAAAGCAGCAAAUCUACUUUUGGGCUACACGAAUCCACACGAGGUUUAUCUUGCAGAUUAUGGACUUUCCUACAGAUAUUGUCCCAAUGGGAACCACAAACAGUAUCAGGAAAAUCCUAGGAAGGGCCAUAAUGGGACAAUAGAGUUUACCAGCGUAGAUGCCCACAAGGGAGCAGCCCCAUCCAGACGAGGUGACCUUGAAAUCCUUGGCUACUGCAUGCUGCAAUGGCUGUGUGGGAAGCUGCCCUGGGAACAGAACCUGAAGGACCCUGUAGCUGUCCAAGCUGCGAAAACAAGACUUAUGGAUGAGCUCCCAGAUUCAGUGAUGAAAUGGGAUUCUUCUGGAGGCAGCUGUCGUGAACUCUGCAAGUUUCUGACAUGUGUUUAUGGCUUAGCUUAUGAUGAGAAGCCAGAGUAUCAAGUGCUCAAGAAAAUCCUGCUGGAUGGGCUGGAGUCAAGUGGAAUUCACUACGAUGGCCCUCUGGAAUUUUCCACUGCAGCUUGCACGGGGAAUCACACGGCUCCUGAAGUGUGCAAAGUUCGCUUGCCAAGGCCUAAACCAAAACCAGUUCAGCAGAAGCAAAAGAGGAUGGAAGGUGAGGCAUUUGAAGAAUACAUCUGCCAAAACAAAGCCUGUGCUGGGGCAAAAGACAGACACCCCCACAAUGAAAACAAGCCAAGUAAAUUAAACAGGAUGCUUCACCAAACAGAGCCUCAGCAGGGUCUCUCACGGAAGCCUUCCCUGGAACCGGCGCUACAGAAGCAGAACAAGGUGAAAGAGGAAGAACCCAACGGGCUGAGCAGGCCCCAUGCUCGGGUGACCCGCCGGCACGUCCAGCCUGAGGAGAGGCCGCGCACGAGUCGGGAGCCCAACCAGGCACAGGAGAAAGACACUGCAAGAGAAUUGCCCCCCUUCAGCCCCCAAGCACUAUUCUCAGAAUCCAGAAAGGAACACGAUCAACUCUUAACUGUGGAUCACCCAGUGUCAUGGCAAGAACCUGGUUCUGACUUCACUUGUCCUUCUCUUUCUACUCUGUUCAGGCUUGCGUUUACUGACAGAACAUACCGUUACACUACAGCAAUACUUGUACUCCUGCUACUGAUAGGACUUUCUUUGUAUUUUCUUUGA